UUAACCGCUCUCGUUUAGUUUGCUUGCUAAUCUCGCGCAGCGAAGUCGCACACAGAUCAAUUUUGCUCUCGACUCAACCAACAUGUUCGCAAAUAAAGUGGUACUAGUGACGGGUGGUAGCUCCGGUAUCGGCGCAGCUACGGUGGAGGCAUUCGCUAAAGAGGGCGCUUCUGUGGCCUUCGUGGGAAGAAACGAAGCCAGGCUGAAGGAAGUAGCAAGCAGUUGCCAGCAGCACGGAGCCAACGUCCUGGUCAUCAGAGCAGAUGUCUCCAAAGACGAGGAAGCGAACACCAUCGUACAACAAACUGUAGACAAGUUCGGGAAACUCGAUGUCCUUGUUAACAACGCUGGAAUCCUGCGGUUUGCGAGUGUACUAGAACCGACUUUAAUCAAUACUUUUGAUGAAAUUAUGAACACGAAUUUACGUCCAGUCGUCCUCAUCACUAGCCUGGCUAUUCCUCAUUUGAUUGCUACAAAAGGGAGCAUAGUAAACGUAUCCAGUGUACUAUCAUCAAUAGUGAGGAUACCAGGGAUCAUGUCGUAUAGCAUGUCCAAGGCUGCUAUGGAUCACUUCACGAAAUUCGCUGCAUUGGAGCUGGGGCCUUCUGGAGUGCGAGUGAACUCUGUGAACCCUGGCCCAGUUAUUACUAACAUCGCGGCUGGUUCUGGCUUUGCUCCUGAACUGCUAGAAGACACAGGAGCUCAUACGCCGUUGGGGAAGGCUGCGCAGUCUAUGGAGAUUGGUGAUAUGAUUGUGUAUCUAGCCAGUGAUAAGGCAAAGAGUGUUACCGGCUCCUGCAUUGUCAUGGAUAAUGGACUGGCGCUGCAGUAACAGACUCUGAAAGUGAAUAGAAAUAUUUGAAGACGUUUAAUCCUACUAUUGCACACGAUCGCGAUGUCAUACUGUCUAUAAACCUAUUUGAUUGACAUAAUUGUAUGUUAAUUAAGAUUCAGUGAUUAAACAUUAUAUAAUUAUGCUUAAACCAAGA